UGACUUGUCUGAGCAUGUGAGAAGGAGUGAAAUUCGAAACGGACAGAACUUUUUUUAGAAUCCAACUUAACUGCAAGGCAGCUAAAAUCUGGGUCAGCAUCAGCUAGCUUAGACAGCUGGCAGCCGUCUGUUUUGAGGAGUUUUUUAACAUUUUGUUUUUUUUAUUUCUCCUCAUACACUGUAUUUGGUGAGUGAAGCCAACGGAGUUCAGCUGAACAACCAACAUAACAGAGACCGAAGCUUUUGGUCUACAGCUAGCUCAGCCUCGGAUCUGUAGACUGUAUACUGUCUAUAUAAUGAACAGAACCUCGUUGAGCAGCGCGCGCAGCGCUAUCGAUGCCUCAAAUCCAGGGACGCCGGCGCCGCCCCGAUAGGCCGAGAGUAGAUUGAGCUUUCGGGGAAUACCCAAGCGAAAGCCAAGACUGGAGUAAGAUACCUUCCACUUCAAAGUUCUAGGAAAAGCUUGUUUGAAUUAGUAGUCGCAACGUCCUCAAGAUAUUCAUCAUAUGAUCGACCACCAUCAUUGCAACUUCAAGGAACCUUUGAUGUAGAUCAUCCUGCAGGAUGGAUGCCAUCCUUGAGGAACUCGGCUCUCUCUCCGACUCCGAUCUGUGCCAAGAACUGAAAUCAGCCGGACUUCCCUUCGGAGGCAUCUCAAAGUCCACCCGGAAGUUCUUUGUGAAGAGACUUGCCACCCACAAGCUCAAAGAACAAGGCUCUGGAAAUGAUGAACCCCAAACAAGAUCAGAAAAUGGCGAAGGACAGGAGAAACCUUGUGCCUUGGAAGAUAGCAAGAAGGAGGGCCAUGCAAAGACCGGACCAACAACAGAGGAGAGAAAGACCGGUAACCCAGUAACAAACGGUGAUACUUCAAGUAGCAAGGGAGCCGUUGGUGAUAAAGUUGUGGCUGGGAACCAGUCUACAUCCUUUGUUAAAGGCGAAAUUAUCUACGUGGUGUGUAUUCCUAUACAAGAUGGGAAUGUUCAGAAUGGAGAGUCAAGCGUUGGUUCAGUCACCACAAAGUUUUCCCAGAACAAGAAAGAGGUGCUGAAGCUAUUGAAAGAAAACACUGAAGCAAGAUUCAAGCAAUUUAAGACUUUGGAUGAAGCCCAAACAUUUGCCAGAUCACAAGCCAAUCUCACCACUCCCAAGAAAGCAAAUAUCGUAUCCAACUGCUCAGAGCCAGCUUCAAGUGACCGACCUAACAGUUACCGUACCCCCAAGCCUCAGCAGCUCAAUGCACUUAGGUUUGCAAUUGAGAAGAAGGACAAAGAGAAGUUCAGGUCCCUUGUCUGGGGAAACCCAAGACUUCUUGUGACGUCAGUAGACACCCCAACAACUCUUCAUGAGGGCUGCAAGUACAAUGCCUUACACGUAGCAGCCAUGAAGAACCUUCCAGGUAUGAUGGAGCUGAUCUUGGAGACCAUCGGCGACCCUGAGAUUCCAAGGAUGCUGUAUCCUGGGGAAUCGGAGGACGCCAGGACGGAUCGGUGGGGGUUCCUCACACACCUGUACCUUAACUCGCUGGAAAAAGGGAAUGGUGAAACCCCGCUCCAUUUUGCCAGCAAGUUUGGUUUCGUUGACUGUGUGUCUCUCUUACUUGGCCAUCCAAAGUGUAACAAACAGAUGGCCAAUAAGUAUGGACAGACUGCUAGCGAGAUUAUCUGCAACCGAUACAGGAACAACGAUAAAGAAAAAGUGAAGGCAGCCAUUGCCGAGCUAUUGGAUGAUCACUUCUACGUGCCUAUGUGGAGAACAGAAGACAAUUCAUCGCCAGCUGUGAUUGGUGAACCCUGGUCACCUGACGUUCCUAAUAGCCAAUCAGCUCUCUUGUCUGAGCAGCCCAAGGGUAGUCCAAUAGACAGUAAUAUAUCACUGCGAGCGCUGGCUGGACCCAUGUCACCGUCGGAGGCUGUGGGCUUCCAGAAGGAAUGGAAAACACCACCAUCUUCCAGUAAAAAGAAAGCUGUUGCCGUCAGAAGAGGAGACAGUGAAAAAGGAUUGGAACGAUUAGGAAGGGAGCUUGCCCAUACGAGGAAGGUACCCUGGAUGGAGUACUGGACUUUCCUUGAUGACUUUGUGGACUUCUCAAAGACCGAGGGUCUUGAAAUCCUUGAAGGCUAUCUUGCCAACAGAUACUGUGAACUGAAAGAGACAUCAUCUGUGAAGAAAAGCAGUAUCACCAAGGACCCUUCUGCUGUUAUGAAGAACUUGGUGACUGAGUUUGUCUCAAGUACCUCCAAUCAAGCAGGAACCAGCACUAGCACUCCCAAUAAGGAUGGUAUGGAUGCUGUAAAAAGCAAAACGGGGGAGGAAAGAAUCAGCAAUAUGGAACUGAAAAAAUGUGAGCCAGAUAACCAAUUUACUUGUGACCAAACAAAUAAGUCUACAGAUUCUGCUAGGGAAAGCAAUGUGCAAAGCAUUGCCUGUGAACUUGAGGAAAUGUCAUUGAGCUCGAAAGAGAAAUCAGAUAGGAACUUUGGAGAGAAAAGAGCGGACGACAGUGAGGGGGCUCUUAGAAAUUCUCUGAGGUUAAACGCUGGUGGCGAUUCCUGUACUGUUUCUUUUGUUCAAUCGCCAAAGGAACCUUCUUCAGAUACUGUACUGGGAGCGACUGAACAGCCACCAGAGACAAAACCCUCAACUCCUGAUGCUUUAGGAAGGAUCAGUAGUGCUGGAGAGUUCAAAGAAACAUUAGACCGGACUUCUCAUCCUGUAGUUAGUCCAAAUUGUAAACCUAUCAAGAACUCAACAGAAUCUAGAGCUAGUGGUGAACUUACAGAACACACUUCUCCUGCGAGCACAGCUUGUCAAAGUCCUUGUCCAGAACCAAUUGGAAGUUCAAAUUUAAGGACUCCUGAAAGGACAUCAAUGGCAGGACAGAUGACCAAGCUCCUGUUUAGUCCUGUCCAGAUGAUAACAAAUAUGAUGUCACAACUUAGCCUAGGAUCUGUGAAAAGACAGAUAGUUAGUGAGGAGAGUGAUGUUGACACUGGUGUGUCUGAUGAAACUGAAAACCUUGUGGACCACGAAAGAAAAGAGGGAAUGAGUGUAUCAAACAAUGCUGCCUGUGAUUCACAAAAUAUUCUUGAAACCCCUUUAAAUCAUGAACAGAAUCAAAUAGCCUCUAUUGGACCUAGAUUUAAUGAUGGUGCUAAUGAGAACACAAAGAAGUCGGACACUUCACAUCCCGUUGCCUCAGUAGAGCACAGUUCAACACCUCGUACAACUACAAGCCUUGAAGGAAGUGCCAUGGCUACUCAUCAACCGGAACUGUCUGAAUCUGAUCAUGUCCCACAUCAUGAAGAGAAUGCCAGCCCAGAUAGAACAGGGGAUGCGACUGCUAAUGGUGUUUCUUGCUUUAAAACACCAGAAAACCAGAAGAUUUUAUCAAGUUCCCCAUCACCAACAAGCGGGAGUCCAGAAUGUAGAAUUCUCUUCAUCAAUGGUGAUCUUCCAACUAAAAUAGACCAACACGUUCUUCGGGCCAUUGAGAAUAUAGACAUUGAUGACAGGUUUCCCUUUGUGAAAAGAUGGAGACAAGCAGUGGAGCAGGUACCCGAAGAGACGAGACAAAGAUGGCGCACUCCCGCUCACAGUCGCUAUGGUUCUCCCUUCCGCAGUGGUACACCCCCAUCUCACCACCGGCACCACGCCCACAGCCCUCUCAUAGGUGGGAGGUCCCCCGUUCUACAAAGACUUCACUGUUGGUCGGAACCCAUCAGCAGGGGGGCAGGGUCGAGGACCAACCAGGCCGGGGACCACAGGGGGACGUUUGGGCGGGGCCAGAGUCCUACAAGUGCCGGUCUGGACAAAACUCCCAAACAGAAUCUGAUGGUGUCUGCCUACAUGCAGUGAUUAAACAUUUUUUUUAUCUACAUGUAUUUCAAAAUGUAUCUGAGUUAAUCAGUUUGCAAGUGCCUUAGUUCGGAAUGUAAUGAAAAAUCAUAUAUGAUUUUAAAGUCUUGUUCAAAUGAUGAAUAUGAAUUACUUUUCUAGUAAAUUCCUCAGUAAUUUCACACAGCUCUUCUUUUUGGUGUUUUUAAAUUUAGAGUAGUAUAAAUCAAUAUCUGAAUGGUGUAUAAUAUGGGAGAAAUUGAAUUUCCACUAUUUCUAAAAGGUAGUUUCAAUUGACACACAUGAACUUGGUUUUCAUAGGCAAUUGAAAUACCAAAUUCUGACACUUACCCCGGAGUAAAUUUGGCUUGGCUUGGUUUCAGUUGUAAGUUCAUAAAAAGCCUUUAUGAAGAUGUUAAGGGGUUAUCGCACUUGAACAAUUAAGUAAGUGUAUGCCAAUGUAUGAAAUCUAUGGCUAGCUGUGUUCAUUUCUUGAUAUCAAUAAUUCAAUUGCAUUUUGUUAAUAGUACAAUGAUUCUUCAAAUAUAAAGUAUUAAAUCUUGAUAUUUAGUGUUAAAAGAGUGCGAUGCUUAUUAUCAAGAAUGGAAUACCGAGGAGACUUUCAUGACCUUUCGGACAUUUUAUCCAAUAAGUCUUGUUUUAUCCGACACUCACCUUAGUAACAGUGCUUCUCAGCCAAUCAAAAUCAAGGAAAGAUGUCAGAUCUGACAAAACUUUUGAUGCUCUCCUGAUAUCAACGAAGGGGAUUAAACGAGAAAUCCGCAGACAAUACAUUCAGUAUGUCAGCUUACACUGACUAGAACUGUGACAUCCUUUUACAAAGCAAAUUUUAUAAAGGUAAUUAAACUCAAGUGGAAAAAUACUAUUCUAUACAGUAAGGUUUUUUUUAAAGUUGUGGGGCUUAAGCUCUACGAUAAUGCCAGUAGAUCACUCUUUUUAUACGCCCGUCCUAGACAGGACGUAUUAUGGUAUUACGCUUGGUGUCCGUCCGUUAACUUUUCCUUGUAAACAUGAUAACUUCAGUUUGACUAAACCUAAGCUCAUAUAAUUUGGUGUGUUUGAUACUAGCAUGGAUCCCAGGAAGCUUAACGAUUUUUAGGUCCAAAGGUCAAUGUCACAGUGACAUAUUUUCAUCUUACCCUUCUAAAGUCCUUGUAAAUGCGAUAACUUCAGUUUAACUUAACCUAGGCUCAUAUAAUUUGGUGUGUAUGAUACUAGCAUAGAUCUCAGGAAGCCUAUUGAUUUUGAGGUCAAAAGGUCAAACGUCAAGGUCACACUGACAUGUUUUCAUCUUACCCUUCUGCAGUCCUUGUAAACGCGAUAACUUCAAUUUAACUUAAUCUAGGCUCAUAUAAUUUGGUGUGUAUGAUACUAGCAUGGAUCCCAGGAAGCCUAUUGAUUUUGAGGUCAAAAGGUCAAGGUCAAAGUGACAUAUUUUCAUCUUACCCUUCUGCAGCCCUUGUAAACGCAAUAACUUCAGUUUAAUUUAACCAGAAGGUAAAAGGUGAAGUUGCCACCUUCCACUUUUCUUGCUUGACCAAUAACUCCAUUUUCCGUGUUACAGGCGGGCGUAUUAUGUGCUCGCCUUAGCGACACUCUUGUUCAUUUUGGAAUUUGAUCCCAGUUGGUUCUGGCAGAUACUGGAGAAUGAGAGAAACGAAUUAAAGAAGAUUUUAUCAGUUAUUUUUUCAAAACCAAUCUAAGAAUGGAAGAGCUACAAACAUUUGAAUUUUUGAUAUUUUCUUCAUAUUUUUGUCUCACCGUAACAGCAGAGUGAGACUUUAGAUGCAACGAUUACAUAAUGUUAUGUUUGUAAUUCAUGGUGACUGAAAAAAAUGUUUUCUCAUAUGCAGAACUUUGUGUGGAAUGAUGUGUUAGAUAUAUUGAACAUGUAAAAUUGGUUUCAAGUUUCUGAGAAAAAUGGCCUUUAUUGGAAUUCAUACCAUAUGACAUAUUUUUGGAGCUGCUCACAUGGAAGUAAAAAAAAAUUGAAAUUGAGAAAAAUCUUAAAUCUGUUAUUCUUAAUUGGAUUUCUGCAAACCUGCUUUCUCUGCUUUUUAUUAUUUAUUUAUAUAACCAACUUGAUGUCAUAUUCAACGCCUUCUUUAAAAAGGAAAUCUUUAAGUCCAAUGAACCAAUUUGUAUGAAGUGUGUCCGUUAGUACCAAGACUACUGUUGACCAAAUAUAUGGAAGGACCUCAGCUAUGUAAGAGAAAAGUAUAGUCCUGACCAGGGGGGUGUUUCGCAAAGAUUUAAAGGAGAAUGAAACCCUUGAAACCAGCUGAAUCCAUAUCAAAGAGAAAAAUCAAAGAAACAUAUUGUUGAAAGUUUGAGGAAGAUUGAAUGAAUAAUAAGAAAGUUAUGAGCAUUUGAAUAUUGAGAUUACUAGUGCCAUGUAGAUCCUCCCAUCGGCAAUGCGACCAAGAUCUGUGAUAUCACACACGUACAACUCCCUCAUUACUUUAGUACUUAUUUCACGUAUAUUCUCACUUUUAUAGAGUCUAUCACAAGGUGAUGUGUUCUCUUUAUGAGAUGACAAGUACAGAGGUUUCACAACAUUAUAUCAUUGAUGAAUCGUUUGUCAUAUGAUUAGAAUGAGCAAAAAGAUAUGUUUUGGGGUAUAUUUUCAGUGUCCAAAUGGGAGAGUUGUACGUGUGUGACAUCACAGAUCUAGGUCGCAUUGCCGAUGGGAGGAUCUCCAUAGCAUUAGUGAUCUCGACAUUCAAAUGCUCAUAACUCUUUUAUUGCUAGUCCUAUUUUACUCAAAGUUUUGUUGAUCUUAUUCUUUGAUUUUUCUGCUUUCACAAAAGCUAACUUGCUCCAAGAGUUUCAUUCUCCUUUAAGUAUGACUUAGGUAGCACUUAAAUGGCAACGCGUACAUGAUAUGCAACGCGCAAUCUUAUUGAUCAAUCGCAGUAGUGCGCAUCUUCGUGGCAUGAUCUGACCAAUACUGUCAUUCCUUUUAUACCACGCGCAUCUAGGCAUUUAAGUACGACUCUAAGUCAUAUCUUAAAUCUUUGUGAAACACCCCCAGGUCCUGUAACACAAAGAUUAGUAAUUGAUCAUAGGACUUGAUUGAUCCACUCAAUCGUAACUAUGGAAAUCCAUGAUGAGUGUCAUAAUUUUUUCAACAGGAAAUUUGCAAAAUGUCCUUUGCCAACAAAAGCGAACGCACCUAAUUGUCAAGAAAACAAUAAUUUAUGAAUAAACAUCAUAUCUAGAAAAUAUUCAUAACAAAGCUGCAUUUUAGAUGUUGAUGUUGCUGGCCGUCCAUAUUUGUUGUUGAUCGGUUCAAUCGCAACUCUUUGCAAGACGGGGCCCAGAUGUGUCCUAUUUCUUUAGGUUUCUAAAUCCAUGAGUUUUUUUAGGAACUUGACCUGAUGUAUGCAUUUUUUUUUUACUGUGUGCUGAUUGAGGAUCCAUGAUCUAGUUUGAAAAAUGUACUCAUUUGAAAUACUAGUUCAUUUCAACGUCUUGCCUUUUUAUUGUAAAUGUAUUGUUAUUGCAAUAGCCGUCUAAGACUCCAUUUACAUGCACUCUCCCUAAUUUUUGUUUUUUUUCCUUUUUUUUUAAUUUUCCCUUUUUUUCAUUUUUUCUCGCUUAUAAUCUGGGGGGUUUAAUUCCCCCCCCCCCCCUGUACUAAACUUUUUUGUAUUAUUCCCAUUUACCUAAUUCAGAGUGUGUGUUUUCCAUAACUUAAAUUCCUUGAUAUCAAAAGUUAAUUUACACCAACUAUUUCAAACAAAAGAUAUUGAUAUAUGGCAUAUGACAUUAUUAAAGUGACAUUAGUUGUUGUUUUUUAAUCACAGUGAUUAUUGGAGCGUUGUGGCCCAGUGGAUUAGUCUUCGGACUUUGAAACAGAGGGUCGUGGGUUCGAAUCCCAGCCAUGGCGUAAUUUCCUUCAGCAAGAAACUGAUCCACAGUGUGCUGCACUCAACCCAGGUGAGGUAAAUGGGUACCGGUAGGAAGUAAUUCCUUAAAAAGCUGUGUGCGCUAUGAACGCCUAGCUUAGCCGGGUAAUAUAGGAGCGCCUUGAGCACCUAACAAGGUGGAUAUGUGCGCAAUAUAAAUACCCUAUAUUAUUAUUGGAUUUUUCUUACAGUUUUUGCAAUAAUUAUAAUGAAAGGCUAAUUCCAUGAAUGGUCCUGCUUUUCCCCUUUUAUUGAAAGUGAGGGUCUGCAAAUAUUGAAUUAAUAUUAGUCAAUAUGGCAACAAAACUUGUGAAAUAAGCAAGCAAACAUUGCAAAACUUCUAGAUGUACAGUCCCAGUCUUUGCAGUUAAAAUUAUGAACAUUACUGCCAAACCCAAAUCUUGUAAGAUACUGGAGACAAAUCCUCUACACCACAACACUUCUACAUGAUUGCAUAAAUCAGAGAUAUUUCAUUUUGCUUGGAGCUGAUUUCCCAUUUUGUUACAUGUGUGUAUAUACCUUGAAAUAUGGUCCAAGUACUUGAUAUUUAUAACCACGAUAUUGUGCCUGUUGUGUUAUGAACUGAAAAGAUAUUAAAGACAGCUCAUUGAAUCAUUUUA